UUCACCUGACUCCGCAUCGUUUAUGGCCAUCUCUCUGUUCUACCUCCGCGUAUUUCCGAAGUUCAAAGAAAAAAUCUCCCACCAAAAAUGAUCAUUAAUUAUAAAAUUACAUAAACAACCCUUUCCUGUUCUCUAAUUUUCACCUGAUGGCGACCGCUCACUUGAACCUCCAUGCAAUCAACAAAUUGCCAGCCAUUUUCAGUCCCCAAGGGCACCGUUUCGGAAACAAACACCAAUUCCCUACUGCAUUUACCAGAAACAAACAGCGGCAGUUGUUCAAAAUUUCGAACUCAGCCUUUGUGGACAGAUUUUCAAGCAAAGUCAAAGACAAGAACGUUAAAGAAUUCUUGGAGUUUCUCAAGAAUGGGUGGAACUUAAAUGAUGCUGAGCAAGUUGAAAGAGAAACCGCGAAACCAAUUACAGUGUGGAUUGCUCUUAGCAGAAUGUGGACUUUGAUUGGAAACGAACACUGGCUUCUCUACGUUGCAUUCAUUGCCUUAAUUGUUGCUGCGGUUUGUUACUUUUUUUUUUGUUUCAGCUCUUAUUUAUUUGCACUUACGAAUUUUAGAAUCGUUUGUUUUAAAACUAGGUUAUUAAUAUGGUCUAAGUAUAUUAUGCUGCAGGUUUCCGAGAUCUCAAUGCCAAGUAUAUUGGCAGCAUCUAUAUUUUCUGCUCAGAGAGGGGAGACCAUAGUGUUCUUGAGGAGCUCGAGAUUCUUGUUUAUGUUGUGUCUCACUUCGGGGUUAUGCAGUGGCUUACGAAGUGGCUGUUUUGGUAUUGCAAAUAUGAUCCUGGUGAAGCGUCUUAGGGAAUCUCUGUAUUCGGCUCUUGUUUUUCAGGAUAUACUAUUUUUCAACACAGAAGCAGUUGGUUGCUUGACAAGUAGACUUGGAGCAGAUUGUCAGAAGCUGUCCAAUGUCAUUGGAAACGAUGUUAAUUUGAUAUUACGCAAUUCUCUUCAGGGUAUAGGUGCAUUGAUUAACUUGCUGGUUUUGUCUUGGCCUCUCGCAUUAUCAGCAUUGGUGAUAUGCUCUGUUCUGUCUGCAGUCUUUUUGGUUUAUGGCCAGUACCAAAAGAAAGCUGCAAAGUUAAAUCAAGAGUUCAAUGCAUGUGCCCACGAGGUUGCACAAGAAACACUUUCUAUGAUGAGAACUGUUAGGGUUUAUGGAACAGAACAUAAAGAACUUGGAAGGUACAAACAAUGGCUGGACAAGCUUGCUUCUAUUGGAGUUUAUGAAAGCAUGGCUUAUGGAUUGUGGAAUAUGAGUUUUAUCACUUUUUAUCGUUCUAUGCAGGUUAUUGCAGUGCUUUUAGGAGGAAUGUCUAUCUUGACUGGUUAUAUAUCUUCUGAGCAGCUCCUUACAUAUGUAUUGUACUGUGAGUGGUUGAUUUAUGCAACCUGGAGGGUAGUAGAUAAUUUAACAUCACUACUACAAUCAAUUGGAGCAAGCGAAAAAGUUUUCCAGUUAGUGGAUCUUUUGCCCAGCAAUCAAUUCUUAUCAAAAGGAGUGAGGUUGCAGAAGAUAAUGGGGCAUAUACAAUUUGUGAAUGUAUCUUUCCAUUAUCCUUCAAGGGCAACAGUACCUGUUCUAGAUAAUGCAUGCCUCACUAUUGAAGCAAAUGAAGUGGUUGCAAUUGUUGGUCUAAGUGGCAGUGGAAAAAGCACAUUUGUUAAUCUUUUACUACGACUCUAUGAGCCAAUUAGUGGUCAGAUACUUAUCGAUGGCUUCCCACUUAAGGAGCUGGACAUCAGGUGGCUGAGAGAAAAGAUUGGAUUUGUUGGACAGGAACCCCAUCUAUUUCAUAUGGAUAUCAAGUCAAACAUCAUGUAUGGUUGUCCAAGAGAUAUUAAGCAUGAAGACAUAGAAUGGGCUGCGGAGCAGGCUUAUGCUCAUGAAUUCAUCUUAUCUCUUCCUCAAGGUUAUGAAACCCUCGUUGAUGAUGCUUUGCUCAGUGGAGGGCAGAAGCAGCGAAUUGCUAUUGCCAGAGCUAUACUUAGAGAUCCUGCUAUUUUAAUUCUUGAUGAAGCUACCAGUGCUUUGGAUUCUGAAAGUGAACACUACGUCAAGGGGGUUCUUCGUAGAUUCAGAAAUGACAAUGAAACAAAAAGAACCAUUAUUGUUAUAGCACAUAGGCUCUCUACCAUAAAAGAUGUUGACAGAGUUGUUGUAAUUGAUGGUGGUUGAAUUGUUGAGAUAGAUAACCAUACUGAGCUCCUUCACAACAAUGGAUUGUACGCACGAUUAUUCAAAGCUCAAACAGACUCCUGGGAUUGAAUAAUGAAUAUAAUCCCAUCAACUCGUUGUGCUUGAAGAUCAAUAUCGCUUGUACAGGGUUAAUGAAUGGCUUUGGGAAAUUGCUUUCCCUCCUGACUUUGGGAAACUAAUGUCGGAACCUCAAAUAGUGUUCAAGCUGCUAUCAAACUAUUUAAGUUCAGCUAAAUAUUGGUAAAAUCUUCUCACUAGCCUGUGGCUUACAAUCUUCUCACUAACCUGUGGCUUAUCAUCAUUCCAAAGCUAUACCUACCUCUCAUGGGAUCCCUUGUUAUGAGCUAGAAGAUGAUUUCAAGGGCUUUUCUCAAGAUAAAUAUGUAAUUUGGGUAAUUUGCGGUACAUUGAUAAUUGCCAUUAAUUGGUCGCAAUUAAUUGAUUAAUUAGUUACUAAUUAAUUUUCCAUACACAAAAGAUUCUAAAAGCAACUGUAAAUUAAUUAUAUCUAUCAUGGCUCACGUCAUCCGUGUAGAUUGUGUUUGCAAGGAAUUUCUAAAGUUGUAAGUAACUAAUAAGUUACAUAAUGGAGUAUAAUCAAAAUUUAAGCCAA